AUGCAGCUCCUCACCUCGACCCUCCCUGCCGACUUCGCCUACGUGACCGCUGUCGGUACUGUCGGUGUCUACGGUCUUCUCCAGUUCGCGACCAUCAAGGUCUCCAAUGCCCGCAAGGCCGCCCAAGUCGCCUACCCCGCCCCGUACGCCGAGAACUCCGUUGCCGAGCGCGACGUCCGAGCCAAGGUCUUCAAUUGCACUCAACGCGCUCACGCCAACACCCUCGAGAACCUCCCCGUCUUCCUCCUCUCGCUCUUUCAUACCGGUCUCUACCACCCUCGUGCGGCGGCUAUCGGCGGAUUGGUCUGGAUCCUCGGCAGGUUCGCGUACGUCCAGGGUUACGCGUCGGGCGACCCGAAGGCGAGGAUGCGUGGGUCGUUCCAGUACCUCGGCUUGAUCCCCCUCUUCCUCUUCUCGUCGUACAAGGCCAUCUCGUCGCUUCCCAUCUUCGCUUGA